UCUCCUUUUUUUCUUAAUACCAUAAUCCAAAGAAACACGAGAAAGAAAAAAAAGUCUUUGAAGUAAAUAUGGAUCAAGAAGGAUCACCACAAAGUAGGCAAGGUCGUUCUCCCUCCGCCACAUCGAACUCUACGGAACCGGUCCGGACACGUUGGUCACCUAAACCGGAGCAAAUCUUGAUACUCGAAUCCAUCUUCAACAGUGGUAUUGUUAACCCACCAAAAGAUGAAACGGUAAGGAUAAGAAAGAUGCUAGAAAAAUUUGGUGCAGUGGGAGACGCAAACGUCUUCUACUGGUUUCAAAACCGGCGGUCACGAUCUCGCCGGAGACAGCGGCAACUUCAAGCCGCCAAUGCUGCAGCCAUCGCCACCAGAGGAGUUGAAGACCCCCAGCACAUGACUACCAUGAGCAUGCAUCAUCGUUAUAGCAACAACGAGAUUGAUUUGGGAUUUGGAAGUUGUAGCAACUCGUCAGCUAAUUACCUUUUUAACGAGUCUUCAUCUCAAGUCUCUUCAUUUCUACUCGGCCUCUCUUCUUCCUCAACAAAUGGUGGAUGUGAAAGCAACAAUAGCAUGGCUGAUCUCUUCACAAUGUAUGGCCAUGAAUCUGAUCAUCAUCAUUUUCAUCAUCCCCAGCACAGCUCAAAUGAUGCAUCAAUUCCAAGCCCAUCUGAUCAGAACUCCAACAUCCACUACCAACAAGGGUUAAUGACGGUGUUCAUAAACGGAGUUCCUACGGAAGUAACGAAUGGAGCAAUAGACAUGAAAGCAAUGUUCGGGGAAGAUUUGGUGUUACUUCAUUCCUCUGGUCUUCCUCUUCCUACUGAUGAGUUUGGCUUCUUGAUUUCUUUACAACAUGGCCAAUCUUAUUUCCUGGUACCAAGACAGACAUGAACUGGCUAGCUUGUGUUUCAACUUGCAAGUUGCAACAUAUACGGUCGAUUAUUUUGUUUUUACUUGUAUUGAUUUUGC